AUGGACUCCACCAGAAAAGGGGACCAAAUAUGGGCACUGAUGUUAAUGAGUGAAACGGAUUUCCAGACCUUUUACUCGGAGGUGAAGCACUUGGAAAGGGAGGACUCGGUGUACACAUCGGACAAACAGCUGAGUCGACUGCUGAGGCCGGGCUCGACCUACGCUAACCUCAACCCAUUUGAAGUGCUUCUGUGCGACCCGGAGGACACUUUGGAGGCGAUCCGGAAGCAGUACAAGAAGCUGUCGAUUCUCUUACAUCCCGACAAGAAUCCGGACGACAGGGAUAGGGCGCAGACGGCCUUCGAUGUUAUCAAUAAGGCCUACAAGUGCUUGGAGUCGGAACAGAGUCGGGCGAAGGCUCUGGAAGUGGUGGAAGAGGCCAAGUUUAGGGUCGACCGCAUGAUCGACGAGAAGCGCAAGAAGUUGAAGCGCGAGAAGAGGGAUGAGGCGGUCGAGGAGGACGACCCCAUCCGAUACAAGCACUCCGUCAAAGUGAUGACAAUGAAGUUGUUCGCAGACUAUGAGCGCAAACGACGGUCUCUCGACGAGAGGGCACAGGAGGAGAGGAAACGGAAGCGCGAGGAGGAGAUCGAGCAGGAAGAGGCCAAACAGGACGAUAAGGUUUGGUCCAAGAAUUUCGAAGAGAGUCGACAGAAUCGGGUCAAUAGCUGGCAGUCGUUCUCCAAAAGCAGUAAAUCUAAGCGCAAAGACAUCCGUCCGCCCAAACAUAAAGCAGAGACCCGUUAG